CCGGCGCCAUCAACUCUCAACAUCUCUUCCCUUCUCUUCUCUCUGUCUUUCCUUUUCUCCCCUUUGAUUGCUUCUUUCCUCCUUGUAGUGUACUCAUCAAUCGCAAUGGCUCGUCUCGGUUUCCUGUCUUUGGCUCUGCUCUCGGUCCAAGCCUUCAUUGGCGGCAGUUUUGCUGCUGAUGCUGCUGCUGACGCCGGUGAGAAAGCAGAUGCGAAGUUGGCCGUCACCGCCCAGGCUUCCUUCCCUGCUUCCGAGAUCUUCGGCGUCAAGCUGGUCAACGGCCAUCCGACCCAGGCACUGAUCUCGUUCACCAAUGACGAGCCUAACCCGGUGACCGUGAACUUCGUCGGGGGAACUCUGUCGACUCUGGAUGAGGAGAGCCGUAUCCUUCGCAACCUGACCGCGACCCGUUAUGGCAUCGAGAUCCCCGCCGGUGAAAAGGAGAGCCUGAGCUACAGCUUCGCGGACGAACUGCAUCCUCAGGAUCUGAGACUCGGCAUCGCUACGAUCAUCUCCAACACCGAGGGCCAAUUCUUCACCGUCUACGCAUACAAUGGAACCGUGAGCGUCGUGGAGCCGGAGACGAGCAUCUUUGACCCUCAGAUCAUCUUCCUCUACUUCUUCCUUCUCGCUUGCUUCUCCGGCGUGGUUUAUUUCUUCUACACCGUCUGGAUCGCGCCUUACUUCCCUCAGAAGCGUCGCUCUGGAAAGGCCCCGGGCAAGUCUGCUGGCGCCACCAAGAAGGAUGAGCCUGUCGAGCCGGCGACCUCCCCCGCCGUGUCGUCUGCCACCACCUACAACGCUGACUGGAUCCCGUCUCACCACAUCAACCGCCCCGAGGCUCGUAAGGUGAAGGGCAGCUCCCGCUCCAAGACCCGCGCCUAAAUGUGUCUCAGGGUGAUCUUUCGGAGGAAGGCUUUUGUUUGAAGGAGGAUUGGUAGGGGUUUGUUGGUACCACCCACUGCAUGGUGGAUAACCAGGAUUGCACGAGGAUAGUGGACUCGAGGGCAGAAAGAUCGCUGAGAACGUGAUCGGGUCGCCAUCGUUCCGGCUAUCCUUGGUGGGGUUGUAUAUCUACAAUCAUAUGUGCGACUUCUGUAAUAGUAGCGCUUCGAAGCGCAAUCUUCGGAAUUGCAAUUCCUUUUGCAUUCUUGAAUAUGAUGGUCUCAUGAAAGCUGGAUCCUAAU